GGCGGUUGUCGUGCUCUAACAGUUAUUAGUUGUAGUUGUGGUUACACUUUUCAAUGAUAACUAGGUUAAAAUUAUUAUAACAGCAGAUUCACAUCGAUUCCUCCGGCUCAUGAUGUGAGUUUUUUUCUAUUUUGAACGUUAAUCGUAAAAUUGUUAUGGGCCCCCCGUUCGGGGCCGGCCGACGCGCAAUGACGUUCAUAAUCUAGUUUGCCAUUUAAUAUUUUCAAUUUUUUUAACUAAAACGUGUUGUCAUUUUUUUGGCAAAACCUGCAACCUUACGCCUCCUAAUUUAUUUUGAUUAAUGUAAGUCAGAUUUUUCGUUUCUUCGUUCGUUAAAAGUUUAGGUUAGGUUAAGUUAUUUUGAUUUUCAAAAUCUGUGUUGUUAAGUUUAUCACCUUUAAAAUUGUUUUGUAAACAAUUUCUAUAAAAGACUUUAGUUUAGUGGGGUACUUGAAGACGUUAUUUUUUCGAAGAAAUGAAGAAAUUGGAAAGGAAUUUAUUUUCAUUGAAAACUUUUGAUUAUGUCUUUAAUAAUGCAAAAAUCGGAGAUGAGCCAUUUUCCAUUCAGGUUGCAAAUGAUAUCGCCCAAAAAGGUGAUUGGCUGCACGAGGCGAAAUGGGGUGCUUCGGCAGCAAAGACAAGCUUUCCAAAGAAGACAUGGAUUUUUUAAAGAGCCAUACAAGAUAUGAUGAAAGCACGAUAAAAGAAUGGUACAAAGGAUUCAAGCAAGAUUGUCCAAAUGGUCGAUUGACACCAGCCAAAUUCGUAGAUAUGUACAAAAUGUUCUUCCCAUCUGGAAACGCUGAAGAAUUCUGUGAUCACGUUUUUAGAACCUUCGAUAUGGACAAAAAUGGUUAUAUCGAUUUUAAGGAAUUCCUGCUGGCGAUCGAUGUUACGUCGAGUGGGACGCCAGAGGAAAAGCUUAAGUGGGCCUUCCGUAUGUACGACGUCGAUGGUAAUGGUGUUAUUGAUAUUCAAGAGAUGACCAAAAUCGUUCAGGCAAUUUAUGAUAUGUUGGGGGCGUGUUCUUCAAAUAGACCGGCAGAUUCGGCAGAAGAAAGGGCAAAGAAUAUCUUCGCGAAAAUGGACGAGAACAACGACGGCCAAUUAACACAGGACGAAUUCUUAAAAGGAUGUCUGCAAGACGAAGAACUAUCCAAGAUGUUAGCGCCUUAAUCUUAUUAACAUUAAUAAAAUCUUAAUAAGAUUAAUAAAGAUUUCACCCGUUCGAAUUUAAUUCGGGUUCUCGUCCCGAAUUAAAUAACUUAAUCUUUUUUUGUAAUUCCAACAAAUAUCGCAAGCGCGGAAGGACGUUUUUCAAAAAACGUAUUGUAAUAUGACCAAUCCACGGGUACAUUUUACUUUUUAAAUUGAUAUCUAUGUAAACGGUGUAUUAUAGGUUUUAAGGCUGCCCGGAUGACUUUUUUGGUGUUACUAAUAAAUAAAUUCAUGUUUUCUUUUUAAGUGUUGAAACAAAAGAAAUUUGGAUUUAAAAAAAUAAAGAAAAACGUGAAUUCGUUUAUGUAAUUUCAAAUAAUCGCUAUAUUUAAAGAAAUAAAGAAAAAAGCAUCGAUGCGUCCUAGUCAAGGUUAGUUAAAAAUCUGUAUUAAUCAUUUCAUUUAAUUUAUAUAAUCAUUCUAUUUAAAAUCAUUUUUAACCUAAUUUUAAUUAAUUUAAGUGGAUCGCAACAAUUUUAAAAGACGACUUUUUUUAAUUAUUUUUCUUUGAGAAAUUGUGCAGCAUAUUAAACGACACGCAAAAAAGAAUUAAUUACAAUUAUAUUAAUUAAGAAAAAGGAGGAAAAAGAGAGAUGAAAAACAAAUCAAAAUAACGCCAAUUUAUUAAGCGUACUUAUUAGGAGCCAAAAUUCACUACUAUAACAAUUUUAAUACAUAAAUAAACAUGUAAUGGUGUAAAUGUUGAGAUAUCUCGAUGUUUUUCAAUGAAAAAAAAAUUCUUUAGGCAUAUCAUCGGUGUAUAACUGAGAAUCUCUUCGAGUAGUAGAAUUUAAAGAAAAACUCCACUUUUCACACAUAUCUCUAUGCAUUUUUCAGACUCUGUAGGGCUACAUGGCAAGGAGAAAACAAAGAGAACAAUAAAGAUCACAAGUUUACUACCCGGUUUUAAAUGCAAGAAGUUUUUAAACUAAAUAACAUUUUUUGUUUACGAUAAAACGGAUUGCAGCAAAGUUAGUUGCAGUCACUAAAUAUAAUUUCUCAAUGAAAUUCGUUUUAGAGAUAAUAUCGUUUUGUUAGUUCGCAAAUUUCAAAUUUAAAUUUUUUGGUCCGAUAGUUUUCGAGUAAAGUAAUUAUAAAGUGAGCACGUUUGCCGCUAAUUCAAAAAUUGGAUUUUGUUUCACUUAGGUUAUAUUUUAUAAUUAAAUUAACAGGCUAAAAUGAACAUUUUCAAUAAUAUUAAAUUUUUCAUCUUAAUCGUAUGGAGUCCAUCAAGGACUUUAUCAAUUUUCCAACGCGAUGCGUUUUGAUUCUGCAUAGCUAUAAAAGUGAUGUGUGAAAUACCAAUUAUCAAAAAAAAAAAGGAUGUCUGAAACAGAAAUCCUUACUAAAUGGUGAAUAUGUCUUAAGAUGUGUCUAAACAUAGAGUACAUGGCAGCAACACACAGCGUUUGUUGAACACAACUGUGCUGCGCGCAAGUUGGACAUACCAAAAAAUGUUUAGCUGGGAGAAAAAAAAACAUUAAAAUAAGGAAAUUCUGGAUGUAACCGCUGAAUUGAAUCAAUAAUUUACGAAAUUCAUUACUAAACACCGCAAUUUUUAAGAUUAUCCAUAGAGAAGUUUAAAAAACUGAAACCAAAAGAAAAGAGAAAACUUACAAAUCAAGAAAGCACAAGGAUGAUGAUGAAUUAUAAAGGUUCCAGUACACAACCAAUAAUUUACUACAGUGGUAUUUGACAUUAUACCAGCUAUGUGGAAUUACCUCUACCCGAUUAAUAUCAAACAUGAUUCCCUAUUGACGACUCGGUUCGAUUUGCCGAUCGUUUUUACGAAGCUUUAUUCUAAGAAUACUAUUCAGUUCAAGGCAGCAGGUGUCGCUAAUGGAUGUUUUACGACAAUCGAAAUGGGAUCCUAGGAGAACAUUAAAUAGUGAGAAAGAGGGUUUUUGUCAACCACAGAUUGAGUAGAGAGCGAAAAUGAUUGAAUGUGCUUUCAGGAUGAUCACCACUAAAUUCGAAGCGCUUUCAAACGCUUUAUCGAUUAGUAAUAUGAAAAUGAUACGGUUCGUUCUGGUUAUGUUCCGUACAACUAGAACCGAAAAGGGGAGAAAUUUUAUUUUUUUAUUUCCUAUACAAAGUCCGUGUGUGUCAGAAACCUGAAACGAUGGUAAAGUUUGCCAAAACUGGAGGAAUUACUUUUUUAAGUAAAAUUAUUAAAAUACUAUUCCACAAAAAAAAUAGAAAUAUAAUAUACUCAAUAUUUUGAGAAAUAAGACACCUCCUGCAUCCAAAUUUAGCCAUAGGUUUCGUAGGUGGAAUUGCAGCUCUAGAAUAUUAAAUUGAACUAGUGUUGUGUUCUCUAUGUAUCAAAUAAGAAAGAUUUGCAGAAAAGAUCGUUUCGAGAUUUCAUUCGUUUCUUUGACAACUUUUCUGUAACAACUACGGUAUAGGUGUAGUUCCAUAAACUUCUCUAUUUUGAUUGGUUUCUUCUAUGAACAAAAGCCGAAAGCACAUUUAGGUUGUUUUUCUCGUUAAAUGAAUUAUAGGAUAAAAAGCUACAAAAAUAAUGGACUAUGGUAACAACAACUGGUCAUAUGAACCACUAUUGCUCAGUAUGUAACGUACAUAGCGGAGGGCUAGAGAUUCUUGGAGAUAUCUGAUAGUAGCUAACUAUACUGGUUAAAAGUCUUAGAAUUGUUUACAAAUUUAUCUAUAAAUCACUCAUUUUACUAAUCACGGCAAAUAAUAAUAGAGUUGAGCUUCAGUAACAACAGGAAUAUUGGAAGUUGAGUUGGGUUGGGUUAUUAAACGAAAAGGUAAGGUGAUAAUAAGUUUUGCAGAAAAUAUAUACUGAAUGGAACUAUGGAUGGAGAUUCAGAGCACGAAUAUACUACCAUUGGAGUAAGAAGUCAUUCGACAAUAGAUAAUGUAUUGGUAAACGAACAGGCGGUGGAAUAGAUUUUGAUGAAGGUUAAAAGUAGAGGCGGGUCAUUAACCAGGUACAAAUGUAAAAAUAGACGAGAGGUAGUAGCAGUAAAGCUAGCUUAAUGGAAGAGGGAAAAAUAGAGAAUAAAAUAUGAAUUUGCAUGCAAAAGCUUUAAUCUUGAAGAAUAGGAAUACAGUUCUUGCUAGCACUAAACGAAAACAAAUUGAAGAUAGAGAAAGAAAAAUUUAAAAAACGGAAAGGUAGUUGAAGAGGAAGCAUGUAAGUGGCUAAUUCAUAUAUUCUUGACGGUAUUACAAAAAUCUCUAACGAUAUAUGGUGUUGGAGGGGUUUUCAAAACAAGUGGAGAGUGACAAAUACGUGGUGAUUCUAAGAACAUGGUAUACAGUAUAACCAAUGAUACUAGAAACGAGACAAAACCAGAUAGAAAAAAAGUUAACAGAUAAUCAAGUCGAUUUCAGAAGAGUACGAAAUACAAUUACUAACAUUAUAAUGUAUUUAAUAUUUAGUCGACCACCAAAUAGGGAAAAAUGGCACGUUGGUUACUUUUUUCGUGUCUCAGACUCCAACUUUAGAUCUGCUAUAUAUAUAUAUAUAUAUAUAUUGAAGGAUAUAAUGAGAAGUAAGAACAUUAAUAAACAGCCAACAGAAAGAAGAAGCAAAAUUUAUAGCAAAAUGGAAAAGAACGUGGUAAGAAUAAGAGCCUAAGGCUAAUUGGGUUGCACUUUGAAUUCAUAUUUAAUAUCGGGACGAUGCCAGACGGAUUGAAUGAUUAUGGGGAAGCAGAAAAUUUGGCAGAUAAUAAGCUUAUUCGCACAAGCAGUUUGACAUUUUCUGAAAUAAAUCUAUUGAAAUGUGCAUUAUUUCACACGAGCGGCUAUAAAACGAGUCUCCAUUCAAUUAGUAACUUUUCUACAUACUUUGUCAUCUAAGUUUCCUUGAUUUGGUAGAAAACAUAAAGAUAUCUUCUUCAUGACGUAAUCAAAUUGACAUUUGCGCAAACCUUAAACCAAUAUUGUAGCGAUAGAAGUUUGUUUGCGGUUAUAUCGCUUUAAUUGUUUGAUGCACAUUCAAAAGUGAUCAUUUUGGCGUUUGCGCCAUUUUGGCUUGGCAGCGUCGAUGUGUUGAUAGAAAUGCAAUAGAUUUUGAGGGUUAAGAGUAAAGUUAGGUCAAAAAGUAUUGCAGAUCGAAAUCCAGGAACAAAUGUAGAAACAUACUAAAUGGUAAAGUUAGAAGCUAGAUAACUUAAUGGAAGAUGAGAAGAUAUAAGAAAACCAGAUCUAUGCAAAUUCAUAAACAUAGAUAGAUAGAUAUGAGAUCAGCAGACGAAUACUUCAGGGAUGUAGAUGGUAUUUUUUAACAUUCUACGGAAGUUAGAGCGAGUUAUGAAAGAGAUGCUGAAAAGAUGGCAAACAUUUCUUUAUGAGAAGGUAAGAGUCCUUUGAUUCUCUUCUCGUAGCGCCCUUUACUUGACUGGUUAAAUCCAUUUCUCCGCUUCAUCUAUUUGUUCGUCUGAAGUUCCUGCACUAUUUUUUCCACGAACAGUUAAUGUUCGCGGAGCUAACUCAAUGUUUACGCCUCGACCAUAACCUUUUGGGUAAGUGAAUUCUGCACAAAAGUUUCUGCAUACCCUUUUCUGCAUUUAAGCGAUUUCCUAGAUAUUUCUCUUAAUAAGACUUAAUACUAUUGUUACAAAAGUGAUAUCAGUUUAUCAAUUUAGCAAGAAUCGUAUCACACAAUUUUCUCUUCUUUGUCCAGUAAUGGUAUAGCAUUGCCAUUGUCUGAAUUUUGUCGUUAUUUAGAUAUAUUAAGUAAUAGUUCUUGAUUUUGUAAUCCUCCUACAACACCUAGCACAAUUCCAUGGCCAGUAUUCAAAACUAUCUUCUUGUGCACUAUGUCCCAUUCAUUUUUACCCAUGCAUGUAUGUUUACUUUGUGGGACUACUGGUGCGUUUGUAUUCUGAUCAUCAAUUUGGAAUGUCUCAUCUAAAGAGCAAAUAUCCAGGUUAGCAUCUGCUUGAAAUGAUGGAUCCAAAAUCUAAAUUUUGCAUAAUAGGGUUGCUUUUGUUGAUGUUAUCUCUCAUAACACGCUGGGAUUAAAGAACAGCAUUCUAGCUUUUGCAGAUAUAACGCAUACACGACAAAACACGUUAUAUGGAAUAUGUUAAGUUCGUUUUUAAACAUUUACAUUACAUGAACCUUUAAAAAUCUGAUUUGAAAAGAAAAUUCUUGCAUUAAAAAUAUAACCGAUUACUGUAAGCUUGUGACAUCACACAAAAAUCGAAUAAAUAAUAAAAAUAUUAAAAAAACUGAUCCAACGUCAAGAGCGUAAAAUGAAAUUUUUUAUAAUGUAAACGCACAAUCAUUUUAGCACUAAAGGUGAGAGAUAAAUAAUUAAAAGAAAGAAUAAUGAAGAAAAAAUGUAUAACCGCAAUAUUUUUAUAUGAAAUGUUUUCAAACAGGAAGAAGUAAAAAUAAAACGUUUAAGAGUUAAGAUAACAGUAUUAAAUUAAAAAAAAAAACGAAAAUAAUGAAGAGAUUAUCAAUAAACGAUUAUCCCAAAAAAAAUAUAAAAAAAAAGACAAUCACAAUAAAUAUGAAUUUACUAAUUGACUCUGACGAGUCUUAUCUUAAAAGAAAAUGUUUUAAAAAUAGUUUUAUUUUACUGUUUUUUCCACGUUUUAACGGGGUUUUAAAAAUCUUCCAGAAAAAAGUUUAAUUUAAAAUCUUUGAAAUCAUAA